AUGGGCGUAUCAGCCAGUCCCUACGCCACCGAGCUUCACACCGCCGUUCUUUCCGGUCGAAUCCUCGCCGUCCGUAAAUUCAUCGAUCGCGGCGCGCGAGUAACGGCGCGUGACAAGAUCGAUCGCACCCCUCUACACUGGGCGGUCGCCGUGGGCCUCGAAGACAUCGCCAAGAUCCUCCUUAUAAGCACUCCCCCGCGCUCGCUAAAAGCCGGCGAUAAGUACGGCCGAACGGUCCUUCACUACGCCGCAGCGUCGGGUAACGUUACACUUGCUCGCGUGAUGAUCAACCGCGGCGCGUCGGUGAACGCGGAAGAUCAACGGCUGGUAACGCCGCUCCAUCUGGCGGCGGAGCAUGUGAAUCCGGAGAUGGUGCAGCUCCUGAUGGGCCACGGCGCGCUGUGCGGGGCGGCGGACGCGGAAGGGCGGACUCCGCGGGAGUACGCGGAGCGGGUGGGCAGCGCGCACUGCGCGCGUCUGUUGCGUGAGGCGGAGGAAAGGACGGUGGAUCGUUCGGCUGCGAAAGCUACGGCGGCGGUGGCAGCUGAUCAGUCGAAGGAGAAUACAGGGGGCUUAAGGGAGGGUGAGGCAGGUGCAUUGUUAACAUCAUCACACGCGGUCUCAGCAGCUGCUUCAGCAAGUCCUGCCGGUUCCGAUGCUCCCUCGCGGCUUCGGGUUCCGAUGGCGAACCUGGCGAACGUACCUGCAGCAGAUACGGCGGCAAAGGGCAAUCGGAUGGGAGCAGACCCGCUGAAAGCAGCAGCACGGGAAAGUGACAGGAGGUGGGAUUCAGCAGGAGCUGUUUUGGAGGCGUGCGGUGCGGGGAGAGGCCAAUCUCAGCUUGGGAUGAAGGCUGGGGUGUGCUGGGACUGCUCGGAGCGUUUUGAGGUUGGGUAG